GUAAACACCCUUAAGCGGUCGUACUGCAAUAGGAUACUUGUUCGUUAGAGUCUGUGUAUUCUACAGUUCCAUAGAUAUCGGUUCAUAUCAUGAUUAUAUGUUGAUAAGGCAUCGAAUACAAUGUCGACAUUCGGUGGUCAUACAGGGCGGUCUCCGCUCGAAUCUGUCAAGCGUGCUGUGUUCGGUACUCCUGCUGUAUAUAGCACUGGAUUAAUAAACGAGCUUCUUGAGUUAGAGAAGAUUGACCGUCAUUGGGAGGUUGCAUUUCGCCGUAAAUUCCUAGCUAGCAAGGAAGAUGAGUUACGUGCCAUUGAGAAGUCUUUUAAAUUCAAUGUUACACAAUGGGAGUUGAAUGCAAUGUUAGUGGGCGCUUUUUUGAUGCAGGCUUUAUAUGGCAUCUUGACAUUCAGUCCUUUAUCGUUUAUUAUAUCAUUUUUUGCAAUGUCUUUAUUAUUCCAGUUACGUCUUCAUCGGGAUAAGCUUACUUUGCAUUACAGUCUUUUAUCGUUCGGUGGAUACAUCAUUAUGAUGGCUAAUUUGUUGAUUGUACAGCCUGAGCAUGUGGUUAAUUAUGCAGGCAUUACUGCGAUAUUUGGGAUAUCGUUUAUUCAUGCCAUAAUUAUGAUAGUGCUUGGCCGUCACACUAUGGGUCAUGCUUUUGAGCGUUUUGCUGAAUCCUGUUUACAAUUUGCAAUUCCAUCAUUGCUUGAGGUCCAAUCUCUGGUGAUUGGUGUUAUCAUUUUUUUGGGUAUUUGUUUUUCCAUUGUCAAGUUACACUACUUGUCAUACACUGCGUUCAUAGUUGUUCUAUUUACUAUUAUCGCCAGGUUCAACUUAAGAGUGCCCCGAUCUGAUGUUCGUGAGCAUGUAAAUAUGUUUGAGGCUAGUUUACCUGUUGUUCGUUCAAUGAUUCACGUUCUCUUUACUGCUGCUGCUUUGUUUGUUUGUAUAGCAAGCUUAUGUGAUUAUCGGUUUAUGUCGAUAUCUAAUCAGGAAUCUUUUAAGAAUUGGGAGCGUGCUCACGGUCGUGUUGGCGACUACACUUUAGUUGCGAAGGGUUUGGCCUAUUUGUUGUCUGGUUGUUGUUUAUUUAUUAUGAUAGUUGGCAUAAUGCUUCUGUUACGUCGUAUGACUGGUUCUUCAAGGUUAUCUCAUGCUUUGGAGCAUUCUACAACGUUUAUGGGCAAAGCUUGCAUGAGUCACAAGAAGGAAGUUCGUUAUGAGUACCGUGCUUAUACAUUGGACCGCAGUGGCCGUGUUGUUUUUGUACAGACUAUGCACAAGUCCGCUAUCAAUGGUUACAACCGUUCUACUAUGAAUUGUUAUGAUGUCUACUUUGCAAUGCAGGUGCGUGCUUUACACGCUAUGGAUUAUAGAUCACUUUACUGUUACGCUCCUGUGGGCCGUUUGUACCACACUGACAGGGAUAGCAAUGCUUUAGUACGUGGCAGGGUCAGUCUUGAGCGCAUGGCUACUCGUCUAGAGUCAUUGGUUACAGCGGAGCGUAAGCGUCGUCAUGAUGAGCGCCGUGAACGUGAGCGUUUACGUAAACUACGUGAAUCUGAGGAAUGCCGUCCACCGUUUAUAUCUACAUCCAUUCCUGCUGGUGUUGAGCUAUAUAUCCCAUCCAUUCCUCGUGACAGCAUACGUCAAGCUGGUGAUGAAGUUCGUUGUCGCAAGAGGUCGAUGUCCAUACCGGCGGAGCUGAGUUUGAGCAGUGUUGAUGAGUUGCCUUUGGUAUCACGCCACUUGGAGCGUAUGUACAACCGCCGUUGUGUGACCACUGCUAUUGGCGACGACUUUUACUGGAGACGUCAUGGCAUUAUCGACCGCAUACGUUCUUCAUGGCUUGAGCGUACUACACCAGAGUCUGUGCCUUCCUUCAGUGGACUCAAACCAACUAGCACCCGUGUUUACAGGGACCCUGGUAACGGCGCAUUUAACUUUGACAAGAUUGACGAAGCUUUGGCCAACAUAUUCCGCGGUUUGGAGAUUAUGAACGAGACUGGUUUGCCUGACUUCAAGCCACUAACUACUAGUCCAAGCCCCAAGGAACUGAGGAAGGAGUAUGACCAUACGGACAAUGAGGACAUUUCCGAGUUGGAGCCUACUCCUAUGGAUGGCAACUUUAUCAACAUGGACUAUGGUAACGACCUCUGUUACUAUGGUGAUGCUCCUGGUGUUACUAUUGACAUUGGUGAAGACAGUCCAUGUAAUAACCAGGAAUCCACUCCUUCUAUCCUCUGUGACAUGCGUUCGGUACAUGACCAAAGUCCAAUUAACACUUUUAUUCAGCAACCCGUGCAGUACAUUGACCUGGGUACCACCAAGAGCAUGCUACACGACACUGAUUUGAAGUAUCCGGGGAACCCUGUGAUUGACCAGUCAUCACCAAUGCCCUCUACUGGCAAGUGGCAAUGGUUAGACAACGCCUUGAAUGGGGAAUUACCAGGAAAGGGUGGCCAGGUUCCUAGCAUGAACCGCCAGCUAUCUACUGAUACUGCCGAGCAGCAUCGCAUUCGUCCUAUUGAGGAGAUUCUUCAGGGCGAAUACUACAUCGAUGAGAACGGGAAGCUUGUUGUAAAGAACGAUAGCCGAUACCUUCACGUUCCUGAGCGUUACCGUGGCAUUCGUAAUGUACGGAAUUUAGCGCAAUAUUUCGAUGGCCGCCACCAGUUAGCUGAGCGUGCUCGGGAAUCGGAUAGUGACUCCACUCCGCUGCGCAAGGACUUGGCCAAGGUCGUUACCUCGCCUGUACAUCGUUUGAUGAUGAUCACUACAGGUUCGAAUGACACCUACGAAGAGGUGGAACCCUGUGCUCGGCCUGCUAAGCAGAUUGUCUUACCUGAAUUCUUGGAUGUUGAGGAUAUUCAAAUGGACCCAUCUCCUAGCAGUAAGCCGUUUACCAAGGCGAUGCCUUUUAGCGGUGGUUCGUCGGUGGUACGUCCUAAUGUCAUGAUAACUCGUCAGUAUGAGGUCCACAAACCGUUUGGUCUUGACACCAUAAGUGAAUGCAUAUCUAAUUCUCAGAAGUCAAUAGACGAUAUACCUCGUGACGGCUCCCAGGAAGCUCCUGUUGCUGGUGAAGCCAGCGAGCAGAACACCCACCGCGAGUUAUCGGUGGGCAGUAGUAAUGCUUCUGGUAGUACCAUAGGCCAAUUGAGUCCAAGGAGCCUGCGUCGUUUGGCUGCAGCACGUCACUUACCUCUUGCAUUGGAUUCUCGUCAGGAUCGUGUAUUUUCCAUAUGUCCACAACCUCGUCGUGAAGGUGCUGUUGUGCCUUCAGAUGCUCAGGUUAACAGUACCGAUACGCCAUCUGGCAAGCAACAGCAUGGGAAGAAUAACGGAAGCAGUGGCUGUGACCAUGGCAAUGGUCGUUUAGUCAGUACUGUCGAGUCAGUGGCUUCCCCUGAUUCAUCUUUGGGUUCGCUGUCAGCUAGUCUAACUCCCAACCGUGCGGUGACUCCUCGUCAGAAUUGGCGUAACGAGUUUGAUUUCAGUCCUGUAGCAGUCCAUUCUGGUAUGGACGUUUUAAUGGAGCUCAUGGAGGACGUGGCUAUUGACGACACCAUGGCCGAUGAUCAGAGCUCUGUUGUGAGUCAUGAUUUCAUAUUUGGUCGGUGAUGCCUUUUUUUUUGCAAUCGCAUAUUUCAC